UGCAUGUCGUUUACUUAUAAGACGAUUGAGAAUAUAGACGAGUUACAGAGAGUUACGAGAUGCGUUCGUUCGGUUAUCAUAUCGUUCGAUAAUUAUUCUUCAUUAUAUGCGGCGAGCGAUGAAUAAACCAUCUUCGAGCGCGCGGUCCAGCGCGUAUUGUUAUCUCAAUAACGAUGUCAAUAAAGAUAUCAACACAGCCAACACGAAUUAUUGCACUUGCAUCUCGGCUAUUAAUAGCUUCGUACGAUAACAUUUUACCCCUCAUUUUCCACGCAAAUAACGACGACGGCACGUUUUUAGCGAGAGCAUGAUGACACGGGUAAUCAGCAUGAGAUAAAGCGUAUCGAAAGAAAUGCAUACACGUGCGCGAAAUUGCGGCUUGUCGCGCGCGUAAAGUGACGAUUCAAACGCGAUUAUGCCGCGUACUUCGAACGCGAUUCGUUUUAUGUCUCACCCAAUUAUCAUGUCUCUUUACUUUACUGUACUUGGUACUCGGUGUACUGUGCAGAUUAAAGGAGCCAAUACUGUUGUUAUUGUUUUAUCGAGGAAAAGUGUCGUAAUUUUUAAUCAGCCGGCCGUAUCAGCGAGAUACUUUCAUGGAACAUUCAGUUGUAUGAUAAGACAAUGUUGUUUCAUCGAUAUGUAGUCGAUGCACAACAGCACAGAUUAUAUAUAUUGCUUAUCACUGCUCGCGCGCUUACACGCUCGGACACGCUGGCGCCUCUGCUCUUUACUGUACGUUACUUAUUAUCAGAUGUUUUCGUAUGUACUGGUAUUUAUUAUAAAUCUUUCUGUCGCGACGCUCUUGCGUACACAAGCAUUACGCCGAUAAAUAAGCAAUUUGUAAUUUGUCCGUAUCUUUUGUCGCUUUGAUAUAAAGGCGAGAUAAGCGAAAUUGCCAUCAGAAGACGUCUAUUUUCCGACACCUUAUAAUCUCGCGCCUGUAAAGUAACAAGUGGCAGAUUUUGUUGUCUUUUGCGGUUGUUUGUCAGAUCCUCGUUCAUCUGUUGGUUCAGCUGCUGAGCGAGAGGGGAGAAAUAUGGCCAUGCAAUCAAUGAGACAGAGAUUCCUCGGUGUCGUAAAGAAAUCGGGCAAGGGCAAGGGGAGAUCCUUAAGCUCCCAGCAAGUGAUCGACCGCGAUGACAAGUACGGUGGCAUCCACUUUAAACCGCUACCGGUUGUUCUGACCCGAGGGGAAGGUGUCUACCUGUGGGACAUUGACGGAAAGCGCUACCUUGAUUUCCUGGCAGGAUUCUCGACCGUCAAUCAGGGUCACUGUCAUCCUCGUCUAGUAAAGGUCAUGAGAGAUCAAGCUGGGAAGUUGACGCACACGUCGCGAGCUUUUUACUCGGAACCUCACGGCGAAUUGGGAGGAUACCUGACGAAACUGCUAAAAUGGGACCGAUUUUUACCUAUGAAUACGGGUGUCGAAGGCGGCGAUACGGCUGUCAAAUUGGCCAGACGCUGGGGAUACAGAGUGAAGAAAAUGCCGAGUGACAAAGCGACUGUGGUAUUCGCGAGAGGAAACUUUUGGGGUCGUUCAUUGGCGGCCUUGUCAGCCUCGACAGAUCCGAAUUGCUACACAGACUUCGGCCCUUACGUGCCGCUCUUUGAAAAAGUGCCGUACAACGAUCCGGCCGCACUGGAGCAAAAGUUCCGAGAGAAUCCGAAUAUCUGCGCGUUCAUGGUCGAACCCAUCCAGGGAGAAGCUGGAGUCAUCGUGCCUACUGACGGUUAUCUAAAACGCGUAAGGGAACUGUGCACAAAGUACAACGUUCUAUGGAUCGCCGACGAAGUGCAAACCGGUCUUUGUAGAACCGGCACGCGUCUGGCAAUCGAUCACGAAGGUUGCAGACCGGAUAUACUGAUUUUGGGGAAAGCGCUCUCCGGUGGGAUGUAUCCGGUUUCCGGUGUCCUAGCGGAUGAUCAGAUAAUGUUCUGUCUGCAAACGGGCUCGCACGGGAGCACUUUCGGCGGAAGCCCGCUCGGAAAUCGGGUCGCUCUGGAGGCAGUGAAAAUUUUGGAAGAAGAAAAUCUGGCGGAAAAUGCGAAGAAACUCGGGAAGAUUUUGAAGGAGGAACUGAGCAAAGUGCCGGGGGAUAUUGCGACGGAAUUUCGAGGACGCGGUCUCUUGGCUGGUCUCGUAAUUAAUAAAGAGUUUGCCGACGGCUGGGAUAUCUGUCUGAGGUUGAGAGAUGCUGGUUUGCUGACAAGACCUGCGCACGGCCAAAUCAUUAGAAUAUCGCCCCCGUUAACGAUCACGGAGGAGCAACUGCGAGAAGGUAUAAACAUUCUCACUACAGUCCUGAAAAGCUACAAAUGAAGCUACAUUCCGCGAUAUAUUCCACACGACGUAGAUCUCUACAGAAUCGAACGGAAGCGUCGAUUUUGUCCCGAUGUUAUUUUAUUGCGACUUACCCUUAGGUGAAAAGGCGCCCUUAAGGGAAACUCCUAGAAAGGAAUUCUCUAGGAGGAUAUGUAAAAGAUU